UAGAUUCAUUCAAACUAACAAUGCAUAUGAGUUUGUCACAGUUUUAACAUAUGCAUUCUUCUUGCAGAUGGUUGAAAAAGAAGGUUAUCUUCAAAAAGCUAAAAUUGCAGAUGGAGGAAAGAAACUAAGGAAAAACUGGUCUACUUCCUGGAUUGUUCUUUCUAGUAGAAAAAUUGAAUUUUACAAAGAAUCCAAACAACAGGCUCUGUCCAAUACGAAAACUGGGCACAAAGCAGAAAGUGUGGAUUUGUAUGGGGCACAUAUAGAAUGGGCCAAGGAAAAAUCAAGCAGAAAGAAUGUCUUUCAGGCAAGUCAUUAGGGCACAUCUGUCUUCAAAGGGCUAAAGGAAGGAAGCAUAACCCCACCACGUGCCCAGAAGGAGAGGAAAACCAGGAUGUUUAUGGAUAGCGUCAUGGUAGGUACACAGGGCAAGCAAGCUCAGGGUGAACAUGUCUUCCCCGAUACAGGCGGGGCAGUGUGGGGCAAAAAAUUCUCUUCACCUGGAGAGAGGUCUGGUCUCUGGCUUCAGCUACUGGGAGGAAAUCUCAAGGUCCCUGGAGUGUCCUGCCUCAUCACAACAUCGUUAUCUGCCUGGGGGCUUUAGCCAUGAGACAGUCUAAGAAGGUGAUGUAUGUUGGGUGCUUUGGGACAUGCCAUAUGACUUCUGAGCUCCUGAGGGGCUGAAGGCUAAUGGUCAGCUACACACACACAAUGUGAUCAAGUUCACAAAAAAGCCUGAACACUUGGGGAUCGACUGAGCUUCCUGGGUUGGCGGGACUCUGUGUGUACUGCCUCACCUUGUUGAUACUAGGAGGGGAACGUGUUCCCAGGACAUGAGACUGCACAUCUGGACCUGCUCCAGAUUCUGCUCUAGGUGUCUCUUACUUCCGCAGUUCUAAUAUGCAUCCUUUCACUCUAAGAAACUAUACUCACUAAUGUAACACUUUCCGGAGUUCUGUGAGUCAUUUGGUCUUUUCAACCAAAAAGGUGGUUGUGGGAGCCCCUAAAUUAAUAGCCAGCUGGUCUGAAGUGAGGGUGGCCCUGGGAUCCCCUGAACAUCUAAGUAUUCAUCUUUUCCUUUUUUUAUUUUUAUUUUCAUUUUUUAAAUAUUUAUACUUAACAUAACACUUUAUCCUAUUGCUCUGCUGAGACUUUU